AUUAAAUCAUUUAGUUCUUGGCUGAAUGUGUUUUUCGUUUGAUCUCAGUCUUUUCACUUGCAUCUUAAGCAGCACAAAACGACGCGCUCAGUCAGCAUCUUUGAAGAAGCUCUUUGCCGCUACUGACGUUUGGUUCAUCUUCAGGUCUUUGUGGCCCAACGACAUCUUUGGGAACGAGAAGGACAACGCCGUUCAGACCCUCCUGCACAUCUACUUCCGCCACCAAACGCUGGGCCAGACGGGCUGCUUGGCGGUGGUGGGGCCCAGCCGGGACCUGUCUCAGGCCAGCACCCGCCUCAUGGAGCUCAACCUGCAGAUCCGCGAGGCUCUGAGUCAGGCCCAGGCAUGCCAGCUUCACACGACCACAUUCAGCACCGGACUUUGAACCGAACCGAAAUCAACCCCCUAUAGAGAUUUGGACGGGGAGGGCAGGAGACAAGAGAGACUAUACAUACAAAGGGCUAAAGGAUGCGUGGGAAGUAACUGUGUCUCUUCAUGCAUUAGCGUUACCUGUAUGAAUGCUUAAAGCUCAUAGCUUUUUCCAGACUAAGCCAACUUGCAAAAUUCAGUUGCAAUAAGUCAUGUGAUGGUGUGUCUGGUGAAGAUUGGACGCAGUGGGAUAUUUUUUUAAGUUUCUUUUUUUUUUUGCCUGAUCUGACCAGGAGGAGCCCGUUGCACUGAGCGCUGGCCUCCUCUGGUUCCGGUCUGGGAGUCGGUGUCGAAGCGCGUCCGACGGUCCGUGUUAAGGACACACCAUCAAGACUCAUAAGCAAGCUCAGAAGAAUCUUGUUUAUAAAAAACAAAAAGGAAAAAAAAAAACGUUUUCAAAUGCAUGCUUGAAAGUGAGAAAGCACUGCAAGAAUAUUUUUUUGAGAAAUGUAUUUUUUAUUAGAGCUAACAUCUUAGGUUGUAAAUGUUAGGAUAUUUAACAUGUGAUCCUGUGGGGAAAACCCCCUGCCUUCAGGGAGUCUAUAAAGAGAAUAUAUGUUUGAUUGCUCCGAGAGAUGAGUUCCCUUCAGCAGCUCUUCACGCAAAACUCACUCUUUAACCAAAUAAGUAGAUGCCUUUAGACUCUCGACUGUGUGAUAUAUAUUGGGAGAUGCUCAUACACAAAAGUGCAGACUCGCUACAGCUUAUAAUGAAAGCAUAACUUAUUGUACUCUGUAUAUAUUUUAGAAAGUGUAUAGUGUAAAACCAGUAUUUUCCCCCCUUGUAAUUUUGUGUAAUGCACUGUUCAUCCCAAAUGGGAUGUAUGUAUAAAGCUAACAUAAGAAAAGCUCA